AUGUUCAUGACAACUAUCACUACUUCUCUUCGGUGUUAUGAAUAGUAAAAAUGUCUACAAUCAUGCACGAUUCAUAUAUUCACGCGGAACUUUAGGCAUCCUUGAAAUAUAGUAAAGAAUUUAAAUCAUCAAGAAGCUUUUGCGCACUUGCCAAAACACUGUCAACAUGGCUUCAAAAAACUUAAUGGAGUUUGAGCAAGCCAUGAAAUACAUGGAACCCAUGGAAGUAAACGAUUAUCUUCAAAAAACACUGGACUUUUUGAAAAGAAACAACAGUGAAGUAUACUUUCCCUCCAUUUCGCCUUACGUCGAGGGGUUUUUGGUGAAUUUGGUCACUGAUACAAGGAAUUUGAAGAGCAAGGCCUUCAAGUAUCAGGACAGAGUGCUUGCCGAGGAGAUAAUCAAAGUCCUGGAGAUGUCCCGGGAGGUGUUUAGGUGGACACAUGCUUAUGAGAAUGGGAACCUCUUAGUGUACAAAAAAAUGUUUUCUAAUAAGAUUAAGAAAAAGCCAGUCAAGCUGAGCACCAUAGCCGACCGCUUAAUCCAAGCACGAGCUUCAGCUCUCCAACGUCACACAGCACACCCACGCGCUCCCCUACCUCAUGACCUCCGACAACCUCACACACGCGCUCCCCUGCCUCAUGAACCUGCCACCAUGCAACCACACUCACAUGCGAGCCCGCUCCGCCCUCCCAACGUACCUGAAGAACCGAUUGGCACCUUUAAAGUCCGGUUCCUAGACAAAACUUUACGCUUCAUCAAAAGCACUCAAACCAAAUUGUCCUAUGAAGAAAUGCAUUUAAGUCAAGCGGAGUAUAUAUACAAUCUGUUGAAGUAUCGAGACAAGGAUGUCGGGUUCGGGUAUAAGUCGCUUUACGCACCACUUUGGGAGGCCAUGGAGGGUUGUGGGGAUUGUAAGUUUGAGGUGACACUUAAGGAAACUAGUGGGAGAGAGACGGCGGCUUUACUGCUUGAAAAAGUACCAAAGAAUGGCAACAAAUCUAAAAAAGAUAAAGAAAAACCUAACAAUAAAGUUAGUGAGAAAAAGAAUAAAGAUGAAACACACAAGACCAAAAAUGUGUCCAAUAGUCCGCAUAAAGAAAACAAAGAUUCUAAUAUUCAGACUGAUCAGUCUCUAGCCCACAGUUUUCUUGAUCCAUAUUACCCUGACGCCGCUACCACUAUCCCUUCGCUCCGUCUCCUCUCAAACAUUACUGAGAAAUUCUUCACCAAAACGGUGGUCGCUCUCACAGAGUUUGCGGACAAUGAGAACAGCAAGAUGAAGACGUUCAGUCAGCUUUCAGAGGGAGAGGUCGAGUUCGUGAAGGAGGUUUUAUCAUUAGCAGAAACCAUAUCGGUGCGAGACAUGUUCAUGCCGAAAUACCGCAUUUUGCUGUGGAAACUGGAUCGUGUCGUAAAGGAGGCGCGAAAAGCUUACGAAUUGACUUAUACCGUUAUUGAGAAAGACAGAAGUAUAACAUGGAUUAAAAUGCAAAAAUCUGCUGGAGCACUUUCAACAUCCCCAGACAACGAAUCUUCGGCCCUUCCACCACUAGAGCUUCUCACAAAUAUAACGGAGCCAUUCUUCAAACAAACAAUUAUUCGUUUAACGGAGUUUGCGGACGAUGCGAGGUUCGUGAGUCGCACUUUCAGGCAACUGAAGGAAGAAGAAAUAUUCUUUAUUAAGAAUAUUAGACAGUUGGCAGGCUCCACCAAGGUACGCGAAUUGUUCGACCCGCACUACCGGGACCUGCUCUGGAGGCUCAACUACAGUAUCAACGAAGCCGCCAACAUCUGUAAGAUAACUACGAGCGUCAACGAUAAGGAGAGAAGCAUAACAUUAAAGAAAACGCCAAAAUUUGCUACACCCGCUCCAGUGCCACCAAAAGUCCAGCCAAACGUCGCAACGGGAGCCAGAAGCAAAUCGAUGGUGCCGAUGAAAACGAGAGAGCGAUCUUUGAGUAGAGACAGAUUAAUACAAUUCGAAAAAGGCGGGAAGCCUACCACAGACAUCAUAGACUUGACCACAGAUAAAGAAUCAAUGCAAGAGCGCGGCCGCAGCAUGAGCAGGCGAACGGCGAAGCUGCUUGAAGACUUGUCCACACCUGUCGAGAGCGAUAUCGGGAUGAGGAUGAUGAUGAUGAUGGGGUGGCGAGGCGGAGCGCUAGGAGCUCGAGGCGACGGCAUCAUGGAGCCCGUCAUGCCGAACAUUGACCAGCCUAAACGAGGCGGGCUAGGUCACGUGCCGCCUCCUAAACUAGUGCCUCGGAAGCCGAUCGACUUCAGACUGAUGCUGCUCCAUAACUUGCUCGACUUCCUGUUACAUGACGAGUGGAAGAAGGAGAUCGUGUUCAAGGAGCCCCUCGUAGAGAGAGAGCGCAAGUUCCUCCACUGCCUCCUGACGUCAGUGAACGGCCGCCACAACAUACAACUAACUGAGAAGGAAAACGAGUACAUAGCGAGGAUAUACACCAGGCUAGCGGACUACCCUACUAUGGAGCUUAGAGGAGACAUCUCUAAAGAUCUCAAAACAGUGACCCUACAGAAGCUCCUCGACCGGCCGCUGCGGGCGCUCAACAUCAAAAUACCAAAACCGAAGCCCCUUCAGAGCCAGCCUCAGCCCCAACCAAGCCCUACUGCCCCCAAAGCUAAGGCUGCCGUAGACGUUGUCAUCACUAAAGCUGACGUGUCGAGGGUCAUACCGCUCAUAGAUAUCACUCAGAUGGAAGUCGCGGCUACUCCGCAGGCAAUCAGGAAGAGAGCGCUUCGGUUGGUGUUUCUGACGAAACUGGCAGAAGCACUGAGCUGGGACUGGUGGGAUCAGAUUACAUUCAAAUAUGAGGAAGGCGGCAUCGCAAUGCCCAUAAGAACUUUCUUCCUCAGUGUGGUGGUGCACCUCAACAACAGGGACCGGUGCCUCAACCUGUACGGCGCCGAGGCCCCGGUGUUCGAGGCCAUGUUGGGGGCCUUGUUGGAGGCUAAGGGGGCACGGGGGCUCGCUGUGGAAUUUAAGCCGCCCUCAAAAUUGAUACUUAGCAGGACGCGAUUUGUUAAAGAAGAGAGCCUGCCUAAUAAUUUUGCUAAACUCAAAGUCAGUGACAAAAAUAACGAUAGCAAUGUCAAAUCAAACAGCAACCAAGAUGUAAAUAUGAUUGAUAAUAUUAAAAAGGCUCCCAAUGAAAAGGAAACUUCAAAAGAAUUAAAUACCACUAAUGUUAUUGAAAAUGUUGAUAAUUCAAAAAUUAAUGGGAUUGCGAGAGAUGACCUUAAAGAUACAGCUAGCGCUAUUGACGUAAACAUUAAAGAAAAUAUAAUAAAUAAGAAAUCUGCUAAAAGCGAUGGGCUAGAUGAAAAUAACAUUCAGGCAAUCGAUAAUAAACCAAAAGUCAUAACUGGAAAAGAGGUAGAUAUGGACGUUAAUAAUAAUAAAGAUGAUUAUUUGACUCAAGAACGUAAUGAAAAUGCUCUGGGAAGAACAAGUCCUGGGACUAAUAAUGUUGAAAAUAAAACAGUUGAUAAACAUAAGAGUAAUGUAACUAUCGAGAACGGUAAUUUAAAAGACAUUAAAGUAGAAUGCGAUAACAAUUUGGUUGAAUCCACCGAAACUAAAAUAGAAGGAUUGGAGAUUAAAAUUGAAACCGAUGAUAAUGUAGAACGUAAUGAAGAUAAGGGAAAUUAUAUUUUGAUGAAUAUUGAAGAAAUUAAGAAGGAAAGGACUGAUUUUGAAUCUGAUAAUCUUAAUAUAGCGGGACUAUCUGAUUUAGAUAAAGAUAUACGGGAUUUAGAGAUGACUAUUUUAAAUGCAGAAGCUGUUGCCUGUCAUGUGAAGACAGAAAAUGAUUCUAAUGAUGGUGCCAGUGAUUUAGAAAUGGCUAUUUCAGAGACUGAUCUCAGCUUUAUAAUAAAGCAAGAAAACGACGACUCUAAUAUAAGUGGUAAACGAUCUCACAGUAAUUCAAUUUGCUCACAAGAACUUGACCCGAAAAAAACUAAAAUCAACACAGAAAGUGAUGAAAAUGUAGUGAUAAUCAAACCAAAGAAACCAGACGAGAUCAUGACGGAAGAUAUGAUAAAAGAAGUACAAACAGUAAUGGCUAAAGAACUAGAUAAACCCGCACAGAGACAUUCAAAGUCUACCCUACACAAGCAGCAACACUCCUAA